AUGCCUGGCACUGGAGUUCCACUGUCUAUUUUUGACUUUGCAGCAGAGGGGCCCCAGGAGCCCAAUCCCACCUUGUGGAAUGACCCUAUUGAAUUGUCCUCGGGUGAAGGUCCCCUGGAGAGCACUAGCCACAAACAAGAAUUUGCAGUCUCUGGCCCCCCAUUCCCCACCUCGGCUCCAGCACCAGAGGACAGCACCCCUCCAGCAAGAGUGGACCAGGAUGGAGGAUCACUUGGGCCAGGCGCCAUUGCAGCCAUCGUGAUCGCUGCCCUGCUGGCCACCUGCGUUGUGCUGGCACUCGUGGUCGUCGCGCUAAGGAAGUUUUCUGCUUCUUGAAGCCAAUAAAAGAGCCGCGCAGGCCCCGCUCGCGGCGACUCUG